CCAAUUACAGGAAGCGAUGCAAACACCAGCACAGCACCUUUAUGGUGAUCACAUAAGAUCCAACGCGGUCAGAUGAACAUUUUCGCGGUCAUCUAACAUACUUUAGGCGGUUGCAGCGCUUCCCUCUCUUGUGCUACGAGCUGUUUGUCUCCGGCCUGAGGUUUGGUCGUAUGAGGAACCCAAAUUAAUACCUAUGCACUCGAAAAAGCGAACUUUUGGUUGAUGUCAGUCUGUCAGAACAGAUGAGAAAGCUGGAGCAUACGGAGAUACGAUAUCAAACAUCCAUUGGUCCUAUACAUUUGGGUGUCACGAGCAAUGAGUUCCCAACUAGGCUGUGUAUUGACUGUGGCGUCUCAACCCGGCCAGCUGAAAAAACACAACAGAAGAGAUGGAAACGAACAUUGCACCUCGUCCCAAGGCUUCAUUGACGUCAACAAACCUUUUCAAGCUUUAUAAAAACAUCACAAUUGUUCGGCUAUUAUUCUUGAGGAGAUGGAAACUGCUCAAAAACAAUCAAACACGAUAUUCAGUGGGGUCGGUUCUAUGACUGGGGGCACAGUUGAUGACCAAGGCAACAGGAUCCCAGAGUUUCAUUCCGAGCAACCUCUGAACUUGAACCAAACAGGAUUUGUUGAUGCGAACCUAUUAUCGCGAAUCGUUGAAUCCUCCAGCUCGGAGCCAUGUAUCCAUACUACAGAGCCCGAAAUCUGGCGCUACUCGGCUGGGAAUGGCCGGGAUUUUCUGCCCAAACCAAAAGCAUGGUCUUUUCACGAUGAUGUCUCGGCACCUAUAUCAAGCGGGGAGCCUUCAUCGACAAAGUUACAGAGGCUCGAGAGGGAUGACUCCCCUCCACCUCCACCUCCUUUGCCACCUCAAAGCCCUGGUUUUGACGGCGAAUUCGAUGAAAAUGGUGAAAUCUCCUACGCAGAAGAUGACUUUUUUUCUCCAAGGGGCCGCCGUUCCUCAGAGAACCAGCCAGAGAGGAAAGUAACAGUAGCACGAAGCAUUGGUAACGAUAGCGAUGAUGACCCCGCUGGUGGUUUCUUUCCUUCCCGCCAGGGCUCUACUUCAUCAAGGAAAGUUUCUAUAUCACGAAGCGUUGGAAAUGAUCCUGAAGUUGAUGGCGAACUUUUUCUGCCUUCCCUUUCCUGGAAAGUUGCCAAUGUGAUGAAAUACAUAAAAAGGGAACGUUCACGAACUCGGCCUCGUUUAGGCUUGGGGACAAUUCUUCGUAUGAGGUCUUGUGAAGCUCUAUUUGCCGGCCCACCAAAAGGUCAAACUCUCCCAAUUGUUAUUGGUGAGUAUACCAAAAUUCCUGAUUGACCAUACUCUCGCCCUCGAGGGGACACUCGACUUAUUUAGAAUUUAUCUGCUGACUUCAUUCGUAUAGAUAAUUACAAGUACGAGUCGCUAGAUCCUUCGGCAAAUCAAAUCAGACUUAUCAGACUUGAGCCGAAAUGUAGCAGUGGGAUAACGGCUAGCCUAUUUAUCGCUUCUCUGAACGAUGCACCCAAAUAUGAAGCAUUAUCAUACACCUGGGGGAAUUCGCACCUUCAUUCUUCAAUACAAGUCGACAACAGUCCGUUUCAUGUAACCCAGAAUCUAGGGACGGCUUUAGAGAACCUUAUGGGUAGCGAAGUGCGGGUUCUCUGGAUAGACGCGAUAUGUAUCAACCAGAAAGAUGAUAAGGAACGAAGUGAUCAAGUCUCCAAAAUGCGAACUAUUUACGCACAGGCAAGUGCGGUUGUCGUUUGGCUUGGGAAUCAUUCACAACAUAGCACUUUGGCAGUUUCUCUUCUACAAGAAAUGGACGCAAAAUUAAACGACAAGUGGCAUAUGAAGCGACUUCUUGGCUCUACGAAGAAUCUCAACGCCCUUCAAGGCCUAUCCAAAGUCUUGAAUCGCGAAUACUGGUGGCGAAUCUGGGUAAUCCAAGAAGUACACUUUGCACCCCAAAUAACAAUCCACUGUGGAGACUCUAGUAUCUCAUGGGCGAAGUUGAUUCGGAUACAAGAACAACUAAGUACCAAGUACAGUCAAGCCAUACACGAUCUCUCUGCCCUUCACUCCUCUCUACGACAUUUGUACACAGCCGUGAAAUUCAGAGGCCCGACCUCCCUGAUAGUCAACCGCUCGUCUUUGUCUAAUCCUAAGACCUCUCUAGUCCCAACUCUCUUCGAAGCAUUGCUCAUGCACCGCCUCAAACACUCCACCGACCCACGCGACAAAAUAUACGCUCUCGUCGGCCUAACAACCGCUCGCUCAGAUCCGAAUUUCCAAAUCGAUUACUCCCAUUCAGUUCGACAGGUCUAUAUCGACACAGCAUCAUAUAUCCUCACUACCUCCAAAACCCUAGAUUUCCUUUGCGCCAAAACGAAAGGCGAUGAGUUUCCCCAAGAUCUCCCAUCCUGGUGUCCAAACUGGGCGUCUACCGGAGCAAACUGCCCCAUCCCUUUCCGUCACGCAACACGAAUUGGAACAUACGCCGCAUCCCAGAACCUACCCCCGCGGGCCUCAAUCAACAAAACCACCGGAACCUUAACAACAAAAGGCCUCCACAUUCGUUCACUCACCCACAUAAGCCCCCCCUCCCCCAUGAAAACAAUCAACGAUACCCAAGGAGCCAUCCAAACAGUGCAUAUCUUUUUCCAAUUCCUCAACUCCCUAAACCUACAGAACCCAUCACCUACCACUCACCCCCACCUCCCCCACCACCUCCAAUUCCUCACUCUCCUCCUAGGCCCCACACCCCUCCAUGACGAUCACGAACUUGAGCCGCUACUCCAACACCUAUCCGAAUACCAGGACCUCAUAGACUACUGGGUCAUCCCUCCCCCUUUACCCGCAGACCUCACCCAUCUAUCCCAAGUCUUCGAGCAAACCUUCUUCAAGCGGAGACUAUUCGUCACGGAACGGGGAGAAAUGGGGUUAUGCGAGGAAGGAGGGAGUGUGGGCGAUGGGGUAUGUAUUCUUUUUGGGUGUUUCUUGCCGGUUCUUUUGCGAUGGGUGGGUGGGGAGGCUGGGGAUGAGGUGGGUAGGGAUGGUAGUAAUAGAAUUGACGGAAUAAACAACACAGAGGAAAAAGUCCUCGAGAGCAAGAAAUGUCACUUCAUAAGCGACGUUCUAUUAGGCGGGUUUAUGCACGGCAGGGCAAUUAAAGAAUUUGAAUCUGGUAGAGGUGGGUAUUCGGAGGAGACGUUUGUUCUAGGUGGUUAGAACUUAGGAUGGUUUAUCCCAUGGUAGGGAAGAGGAUGGAUGAAGUACUUGUACUCGAAUAUAAUCUGUUUUUAUUUCUUUUCGGUUCUUUUCGGUUAUGAUAUACCUACCUCCCUUUUACUCUACCGCUCUUUGCAACUUUUAAUCCCAUGACUA